UACACAGAGAUCAUAAUUUCGUCGUCUUCUUCUUCUGAAAGGUUUGACUCUCAUGUUACUCCACUUCGAAUCCGUAAAUUCCUCCGGUCCAUGUUACUCUCUCGUCCUCCUGAUCCCAUUUAAAUUUCUUCUCCUCGAAUCCUCUUCACCCCGGAAAACUUUUGGAUCCUCUAAUCGGCGUCCAUGGCGUCGACAUUCACUUCCGCUGCCCAAAUGCUACUGUUUCUUUCUAUUUUCUUUCUCGCCGGCGAGGUGGUUUCGCUCAAGUUCAAUAUCCACCGUCGGUUUUCGGAUUCGAUUAAGGGGAUUCUAAACUCUGAUGGUUUACUGGAGAAACACACCCCUGGAUAUUACGCAGCUAUGGUCCACCGCGAUCGACUACUUCACGGCCGGCGAUUGGUCACCUCUAAAAGCGAAACGCCUCUGACGUUCUCUUACGACAACCACACCUACCAUUACGGCAGUUUGGGAGAUUUCUACUACGCCAAUAUAUCUGUGGGAACGCCGGAGUUAGGUUUCUUAGUGGCAUUGGACACUGGAAGCGAUUUGUUCUGGUUACCUUGUGAAUGCAGCAAAUGCCGUACUUCCGUGGGCACUUCAGAUGGGGAAGAUUUAACGUUGAAUCAUUACAGUCCAAAUGCUUCAACAACGAGCAAAAGUGUUGCCUGCAGCAACUCUUUGUGCGAGCUUGCAGACCAAUGCCCUUCAAACAAAAGUUCUUGUCCUUACAAGAUUCAUGAUGCGUCUCCCAAUACAUCAUCUUCUGGGUAUUUGGUAGAAGACAUCUUGCACUUGGCCACCGAUGAUUCACAAUCCAAACCUGUUGAUGCCAAGAUUACUUUUGGAUGUGGUAAGGUCCAAACUGGUAUAUUUUCCAAUGUAGCAGCUAAUGGUCUUCUUGGGCUUGGCAUGGGAAAGAUAUCAGUUCCAUCCCUCUUAGCAAGCCAAGAGCUUACCCCAGAUUCAUUCUCCAUGUGUUUUGGAUAUGAUGGUUAUGGGAACAUCGAUUUUGGAGACAUAGGCCCAUCAGACCAGCGAGAAACAUCCCUCAAGCCCAACUCUUCAUCCUACAAUGUCACCAUCAUUCAGAUAACUGUGGCAGGAAAACCCAGCAAUGUUGAAUUUACUGCAAUUUUUGACUCUGGUUCCUCUUAUACGUACCUAGCUGACCCAAUUUACACUCUCGUUACUCAGAAAAUAGAUGCAGCCAUGGAAUUAGACCGCUUUAUAUUUGAUUCUGACUACCCAUUUGAGUACUGUUACCAACUUCCUCUAGGAACACUCUUUCAACAACCGCAUCUGAAUUUUACUAUGGAUAGUGGCUAUAUUUUUGGCGUUAUUUCUAUGUUUGUUGCCAUUCCUACCGAUGACAAGGGUGGACAUGCCAUUUGUCUUACCAUUGCCAAGAGCACUGAUAUUAAUCUCUUCGGACUGAAUUUCAUGGCUGGUCAUCGUAUCGUCUUCAAUCGUGAAAAGAUGGUUCUGGGCUGGAAUGAAGUGAACUGUUUCGACAAUGGCGCCGACAACUCCCCUCCGUCCAACUCUCCGCCGGCCGACGCACCAUCACCGUCCGGCGACUCUCCUCCGGCACCUUCUACCACUAGAACAAGCAACAGCACGCAGUCAUCGCCGGGAAUUGGGACGGGUGAUGCGACGCAGUUAAACCCGCUUGCCUGUCUCUCUGUUGUCCUUCUUGCUAUUUUGUUUAUUGUUUGA